GCGCGAGGCCCCCACGACACCCCGUCCCGUCCCGUCCCGUCCCGUCGCGUCGCCCCCGAGUCCACACCCCCGUUCCAGCCGCGCACCAACUCCUCUCCCUCCGCGCUGCCAGCCAGCCCAGCCCGGCGCCAUCACUGGGUGGGUGGGUGGUUGCCUGCCUCCGCCUCCGCCUCCCCCACUCCACCGCGCCCGCGGCGAUGGCGCCCGCGCCCCCGCGCUGCUGACCAGACCGCCGCCCCGCUCGGCUUCCCCGUCGCCGCCCGCGCCGCGGUUGGUUGGUGGGUGGGUGGGUGGGUGGCUGCCUGCGGCGCGCGAGCGUUCGAUCCCGGGCAGGAUCUCGGCGGCGCGGAUCUCAUGGAGGAGGACGGCUCCUCUGCCGCUGCCGCCGCCGCCGCCGCGGUGGAGAAUGGAGCGCGGGUGGAGGCGGAGGCGGAGGCGGAGGGAUGCGUCGUCGUGAAGCCGGACGCGGAGGCGGAGCCCGCCGGCGAUGGGGGCGAUCUCGCGGCGGUGGAGGGCGGAUCUGAGGCCGCCAGCCCGGCGGUACCGCCGGCUGGGGCGGCGGCGGCGAAGGCGCCGGGCAAGAAGGCUGGAUCCGGGGACGCCGCCGGGGCGCGGAAGGGGAAGCUGCCCAACGGCAGGGCGCCCGCCGCCGCGGCCAAGGGGAAGCGGCCCGGGGUCCUGUCGCAGAGCGCCUCGUUCCCGGCGCGGGGGCCGAAGGCCUCGGCCGCGGCUGUGGCUGCAGCGCCCAAGCAGGCUGCAGCCAAGGCGGCAGUGGCCAACGGAUCAGGAUCGGCGGCGGCAUCAGGACGGGUGGCGGCGGACAAGAAGCCGAAGGCGGAUCCUAAGCAGGCGCCUGUUGCUCGCCAGUCGAUGCCUGCCAAGUCUGGAUCAGUGGAUGCGGCUGCGCCAAACGAUGCAACUCCCGCAGUUCAAGAGUCACAUGAGAACGCCGCCAAACCAUUGAAACAAGCGCAGCCAGGGAAAACAGAAGAUGAUGUGCGCUCCACCACAUCAAGUACGAAUACUCCCCGUGCAGCAGCUCGCAAGAGUGCUGCUGCUGGCUUUAGUUUCAGAUUGGAGCAGCGUGCUGAGAAGCGAAAGGAGUUCUUCCAAAAGCUUGAAGAGAAAAUCCAUGCAAAGGAGCUUGAACAAACAAAUUUGCAGGAAAAAUCCAAGGAGAGCCAAGAGGCUGAGAUCAAACUUCUGAGGAAGAGCCUGACAUUUAAAGCGACACCUAUGCCAAGCUUUUACAAAGAGCAGCCACCCAAAGUUGAGCUGAAAAAGAUUCCCCCAACACGUGCUAGAUCACCAAAGCUUGGGCGGCACAAGCCAACUACUUCUACUACUGCUGCUUCUGCAGAUGGUUCUGUAUGUGAGAGCCCAAGGAGCACAGUGAAUUCUGGCAAGGUAAAUGAAGUUGCAGAAAACAACAAACCUCGGGCUCCUGCAAGAAAACCUGUCCAGAGAUCAGUCACGAAAACUACGUCCCAAGUGUCUGGAACUGCUAAAGCUGACCCAAGGCCUGUGGUUACAAAGCUGAAAACCUUAAACUCGAAACCUAAGGUUUCAAGGGCAAAGGCUGCGCAAGUACAAGACAACCCAGUUGAAGUUCCCCCUUCAGAACCUUCUGCUCCAGAAGAGCUCACCGUCGAACAUGGUGUUGCAGAAGCAACAGGACCUGAUCUGGCAGCCCCAUUUGUCGCUUCGAAUGAAGUCCCAGUCCAUGGUUGAUCUGCGCCAUUUUGCCUAUUCAUUUCCUUCUUGCAGUUCUGUGAAUAGCGAGGGUGUGUGCUUCAUUGAAAGUUGAAUCUCUCAAAAUUGUCGGGUCAUGGGGUUAUCGUUUCCUGAGUAGACAUCCAUUUUUUUCAGCUUGUCAUUGAGCAUGCCAUGUAUAUUGCUUUGAUAUUUUGCCCACUUUACAUUUCCCAGUCUUGUGUAUAUUGGAUUUGUAUGUCGUUAGACAUCCUAGGAUUAUUGCAAUACAUUAAUGCAACUUUGUGGAUUAUUUUUGUGGUAUAAGGUCCUGUUACUUGAA